GUGCGUGUGUGUGUGUGUUGCAAGUGCUUCAAGAUGUUGCUGCAUCCCAUUGUCCUGGCUGUGACCUGUGCGGUGUUGGCCAACGCCGUCGCUGCUGGUCGUCCGGCCCAACGCUAUUUGCCCUCCAACCAAUAUCUGGCACCCCAGGCCAGCCAAAUGCACUAUCGCGGUGUAACUGGACAGCACUCUCAUGCUCGAAUUGGUGGUGGAGCUGGAUUUGGCGGACAUGCUGGGCAUGCUGGACAUGGUGGACAUGGUGGACAUGCUGGUGUACAGCAUCGUCAGCAACAGCCACAGAUACCCAUCGUACGCAGCGACUAUCAGAGCGAUGCCAGCGGCAAUUAUAACUUUGGCUUUGAAACUGGCAAUGGCAUUCAUCGGGAUGAGACUGGCGAGUUCAAUGGUGGCUGGCCACAUGGUUCAUUGGGCGUGCGUGGCUCCUACUCAUAUACGGGCGAUGAUGGCAAGCAGUAUACGGUUAAUUACAAGGCGGACAAGAACGGUUUCCAUGCCGAGGGCGCACAUUUGCCCACAUCACCAUCGCUGCCUUCUGCCGAUCAUCAUCAGUAUCGAAGUGGAUCAUCAUCGGGUGGUGGCGGUGCCGCCUAUCAUGGCUCUUCCGGUGGCUACGGUGCUCAGGCGCCCUCGUCCCGUUAUUUACCGCCCAGCUAUCGUCAACGCAGACACUACUAGAACACACCCAAUUUGGCCAACGAUCUGAACAAUCACAAUAUAGUUAAUUUUAUUUGCCUAGUAAGAUGUAUUUUUGUGUUGUA